AUGGGUAAAACGGUCCGCUUUGCAUGCGGUGCCGCCUCGGUUGUGACGUUCGUGAUCGGUGUCCUUUUGAUAAUUGCUGGCCUGGUCGUCGUGCUAAAAGUAGUGCCAGAUCAAACGAAAAAGACCAUUAAAGAGCAAAAGCAACUUAUCAAAUAUAAAAAUGGAACGUACAACGAUUACACAAAAGAUUGGGCAAACCCGAAAUACAUUUCGAGGAUCCAGUAUUGGGUGUACGACUACAAGAACCCAAUUUCCAUCAUAAACCGCGGCCAACUACCCGAUAUGGACGAAAAGGGCCCGUAUACUUAUGUGGAAACAACUACAAAUGAUAUUGACGGUAUGCAGGACGACGAUAGAAUGCUUACCUAUACUCAGCACAUAAAAUAUGUGUUCGAUCCGACCCAAUCUUGUUUGGGGUGUGAUCCGUUGGUCGAUAAAGUUCUCGUUCCGGAUGUUAGCUAUUUUGUGGCCAUGCAAACACUGACUGAAUUGCCAUUGGGGGCUCUUUGCCAACAGCUAUUCCCGACUCUUCCUUGUGAAUUAAUCGAAGAAGAAUAUGAAACGGUAAUUCUAUCAUUAAUCGAUGACGCAUUGGCUGCAUUCAAGGCCGGACCAUUCAUCGAAGUGACAAUCGAUAAAUUGCUGAUCUCUGGCUAUGAACCACCAUUUUACACCAGAUUCAUCCAAAACGUUGCCGAUUUUAUUUGUUUAUUGCUGCAGACUCCUCCAAGUCAAUGCGUUGUUUCGAGUCCGCAGAAUGUUAGCUAUGGACAAACGUUGAACUACACCAGUCCGCAUUACACCAUCUUGACGGGCAAAGGUGACUACCAGCGCGUCGGAUUUAUCCAGAGUUUUACGAUGGAGAAUCAGUAUAACGAGUCUCAACCGUGGAUCACAAAUGGCACCUUGUUACCGGCUGCAUGGUGGUCAGACUGCGGUGGCGAUAUCCAAGCCAGCUUGCAUGCACGAACGAUCCGUGGAAAUACUGGCGACUUCUUUCCAUCAUUUCUAAAAACAACCGAUGUCGUGCCAAUUUAUGUUGAUUCUAUCUGCAGAUCAAUCGACAUGACCUAUCAGAAAAAAAUGUACCUACGAAGUUCAAUUGGGGACCCCGUGAAAACUGUGGCUUCUGCUUCCCGUUGCAGUACGAUUUUUACGAUAAGAACGCCGGUGACGCAUGCUACCCAGACGGAAUUAUGGACCUCAGCGGAUGCCAAGAUGCAAACUGGGACGAUUUUGAUGGCACACAAAAGGAUGCAAAUUAAUGUCAUGGCUAAUCAGUUCCCAAAUAUCAGCACGAUGAGCGUAUUUAUGCCUGGUGCGUACCCAAUCUAUUGGCUAAACGAAUCAUUCUAUGCCGACCAAGGAACGGUCCAUGACAUUAAGAGUGAUUUGAUCAAUCAAGUCAAACUUUACAAAAUUAUCUGCUAUUCGGUGGUGGGACUUGGAGGUCUACUGAUGCUGCUGUCACUUUUGUCAAUGUUUGGAGUGAUUUACGCGCAACGCCAUAAGGAUGAU